AUGAAAGCAAAUUAUGAAUAUGAGAUGAGAAUUGGGAACAAAGGAGAAAGGGAAAGAACACUGAGAAAUCAGACAUUAGGAGGCAACAAACAGAAUGGCAAGGUGAAAUCAAUGGCGAGGAGGAGGCCAUCAGUAGGGAGUGUGUUGAAGAAGGGAGCGAGGGAAGGGAUCCA